AUGUCAAUUUUAGAUAUUAAUACCGAAGAAACAUUAGAAGGUAAAUCUAAAAUAGUAAUAAAAAGUACAGAAUCGUUGGAACAGCAUGAUUUGCAAGGGAAUGAAGACAAGAAUACCCCUACGACAACACCUUCAAAAGAAAAUGUGUCUGAAAAUGAAAAAGAUGAAUAUCAUGAAGUUAAAAGAGACCUUAGUAAACGUCAUAUUGCAAUGAUUGCCCUCGGUGGAACCAUAGGUACAGGAUUAUUCCUUGGUAUUGCUAAUCCAUUAAUGAUUUCAGGACCAGUUGGUUCUUUAAUAGCUUACCUUUUCUUAGGGACCGUGGUUUAUUCAGUAACUCAAUCAUUAGGGGAAAUGGCAACUUUUAUCCCCGUCACUGCUUCAUUUACCAUUUUUUCACAUCGGUUUCUAUCACCUGCAUUGGGUGCUGCAAAUGGUUACAUGUAUUGGUUUUCUUGGGCAAUGACUUUCGCCUUGGAAUUAUCUGUCGUGGGCCAAAUUAUUCAAUUCUGGACUUUUGCUGUACCUUUACCUGCAUGGAUUUCAAUAUUUUGGGUAAUAUUAACUAUCUCAAAUUUAUUUCCUGUUAGAAUUUAUGGUGAAAUUGAAUUUUGGAUUGCAUUUUUGAAAGUAAAUGCUAUCUUAGGGUUCAUAAUAUAUUGUUUUUGUAUAGUUUGUGGAGCAGGUAAAACUGGUCCUGUUGGAUUCAGGUAUUGGAGGAACCCAGGUCCCUGGGGUACAGGAAUUAUUUCAAGUAAUAUUGCUGAAGCAAGAUUUUUAGGAUGGGCUUCCAGUUUAAUUAAUGCCGCAUUUACUUUUCAAGGAACUGAGUUGGUAGGUAUUACUGCCGGUGAAGCUGCUAAUCCAAGACAAACUGUUCCAAAAGCAAUUAGAAAGGUAGUUUUCAGAAUUUUAGUGUUUUAUAUACUGUCGUUGUUUUUCAUUGGAUUAUUGGUGCCUUAUGAUGAUGUGAAAUUGAAAAGUGAAAAUUCUUAUGUGUCGUCUUCCCCAUUUAUUAUUGCAAUUGAAAAUUCCGGAACUAAAAUUCUUCCACAUAUUUUUAAUGGAGUAAUUUUAGUAACUAUUAUAUCGGCAGGUAAUAGUAAUGUAUAUAUCGGUUCAAGACUAUUAUUUGGAUUAGCCAAGAAUGGGACUGGUCCCAAAUUAUUUGCGAAAACUACAAAGAGUGGUGUUCCAGUUUUUGCUGUGGUAUUCACGUCUUUAUUUGGUGCAUUAGCAUUUAUGGAAACAUCAACUGGUGGUGAUGAGGCCUUUCAAUGGUUGUUGAACGUAGUUGGUGUUGCAGGGUUUUUCUCCUGGUUAUUAAUAUCCUUUGCACAUAUAAGGUUCAUGCAAUGUUUACAAUCCCGUGGUAUUUCUAGAAAUGAUCUUCCAUUUAAAGCAAAAUUUAUGCCAUAUUUAGCAUAUUAUGCCACAAUUGUGAUGAUCAUUAUUAUUUUUUUCCAAGGGUUUACAGCCUUUGCACCAAAAUUUGAUGUUCUAAACUUUUUCGCAUCGUAUAUAUCAGUUUUCCUUUUCUUUAUUUUCUGGGGAAGUUUCCAACUAUGGUUUAAAUGUCGUUAUGUUUGGAAAUUAGUAGAUAUCGACAUUGACAAGGAUAGAAGAGAAAUAGAGGAUAGAGUAUGGCAAGAUACCACACCCGCAAAUCUAUGGGGUAAAUUCUGGGAUUUUGUAGCUUGA